UCCCAGGCUCCGCUUCAGACAUCGCUCCGCCUUCCUACUCCACCGAGGACGUCACUCCCCAUUAGGCUCCACUUUGAGCUUCGUUCCCCCUGUUGUGCUGCGUGGAAGCCAUCGCUCUGUGCUCACGUCAUCUUACUGCGGUGCUGAAGAGACCGCCCCACAACUAACAAAGGUUAAUUGAGACCUUCAUUUUGAUGUUCAGUAACCAGUCUUACUGCAUCUUACUAAAGCCCUUCCCACAUGCUGUCAACACCAGUAAUCAGAAUUCUUAUUUAAUCUAGCUGGAACAAAAAUAAUUGGCAGAAACCUACGAACAGGAGACGAGAGCAAAGAUCCAUGAGGAGCCAUGCUUCAACUGUUGCUACUCUUUGGGUUUUUCAGCCUCGGUGUCUGUCUCCCUCGUCAGUAUCACUUCAUUAAUGAGAAUAAGACCUGGGCUGAAGCACAGAGAUACUGCAGAGAGAAUUAUGAUGAUUUAGCCAGUAUUAAUAACACUGAAGAGGAACUGGCCCUUACUAACAUAACAGACAUCUGGAACAACAACCGAACCUGGAUUGGACUGUAUGAUGAUCUGAACAGCUGGAAAUGGUCUCUGGAUGAUGAUUCUUUCUUCCAGGAAGGAGGGAGAAGCUUUAGAAACUGGUAUAUACAGAAACCAACGAACUAUAAUGGAAACAGUUUGUGCGUAUAUUUAUCGGGUUCUUCUGGAGUAUGGUAUGAGGCCUCUUGUUCUUUGACACUUCCAUUCAUUUGCUUUGAUGGUAGUGUGAAUGCCAGUGAAAGAUAUGUCCUGGUUAAUCAGAACCUGAACUGGACUGAAGCUCAGAGCUACUGCAGAAAGAAUUACACAGACCUGAUCAGUGUGAGGAACGAGACUGAGAACCAUAUGAUAAGAUCAUUAUUAACUAAUAUGAAUAAUUACUAUGGUUCCUUGUGGAUUGGUCUGUACAGAACCAGGUCUUGGUCAGAUAAAAGCAACUCUUCAUUCACCAACUGGAAUCCUGGACAACCAGAUAAUUAUGCACAGAAUGAAUCCUGUACUGCCGUGUCAUUUAGUAGUGAUAAUUAUUAUUAUUAUAAUUAUUAUUACUCUUAUCUGUAUUAUGGGAAAUGGACAGAUGAAAACUGCGGUCAAGCUUUUCCGUUCCUCUGUUACAGCACAACAUUAUCAUCAUCCUCUCAUCAGUAUCACUUUAUUAAUGAGAAUAUGACCUGGACUGAAGCACAGAAAUACUGCAGAGAGAAUUACACUGACCUGGCUACCAUUGAUAACAUGGAGGAAAUGAACACACUCCUUAACACAGUAAAUGGCAGCUACUCAGGUUUAGCCUGGAUUGGACUGUAUGAUGAUCUGGACAGCUGGAGAUGGUCUCUGGAUGAUGAUGCUUUCUACCAGGAGGGAGAGAGAGACUUCAGAGGGUGGGACCAGCAACCUGAUAACAACAAUGCGCGAGAACUGUGUGUUUAUAUUAGAUCUGAUGGAACAUGGUUUGAUGGAAACUGUGACACAUAUUUACCUUUUGUUUGCUAUGAUGGAAAAAAUGGAACGGACGAUUAUAGGUGGAUUUUGUCUUACAUGCCCUGGAGACAAGCUCAGGAUUACUGCAGAGAGCAUUACACAGACCUGGCCAGUGUGAGAAACCAAACAGAUAAUCAAAGAAUCCUCAACCUCACCGGUGGCAAUGAUGCUUGGAUUGGUCUAUACAGAACCAGACUCUGGUCAGAUAAACAGGAAUCCACAUAUGAAAACUGGAGAACAUACACCCCGUAUAUACCUGCACAGCCAGACAAUGGUGUAUAUGCUCCAUGGGAAUACGGUAAUCAGCACUGCACUGCUAUAUCAUUCAGUGACUCAGGCUACUGGACAGAUGAGAACUGCUUCACCACAUUCCCUUUUAUCUGCUAUAACAGUGAGUUCAUCUAAUUGUCCUUUACUCAUUGAUUAUUGCAACACAUGAAGAGAUUUAUCCAGUCUACCCAA